CCCCUCCUCCCUUUUCUCCUAUGGUGGAGUUGACGCCGGUUCCUUGCAAUGGUGCGAUUCCUGCAUAUCCAGAACCGGCAACGAGCCCCGCUGACCAUCUGCGGAGAUUGUCCUGCUGUGCAGGCUGAAGCAUCUCCAUAUUCUCUAGUUGACAUCUGCUUGAAUGCCUUGGUUGCUGAUUUAGAAAAGUUUUGUAUAGAAAGGCCAGAUGGGUCAUUGUGCUUGAAAGAAUCUGAAAGGCUUCCUCAAGAAGUGGCUGAUCGAUUAUUGCAGACGAUGGCAUAUCGAGAGCUGUUGAACGAUGGCACAGUGGGCAUUUUCCGAGGCAACCAAAUGCGUCUGAAGCAAGCUUGUAUCCGCAAAGCAAAAAUCUCAGCCCAGUCCUUCAAGAAGGCUUUCUGCCAUCAUAAACUAGUAGAACUUGAUGCUGCAGGAAUGAAUGAUGCCGUUACUGUUGCAGAUGUUGUGAGUGGGCUGGGCAGCAGCACAUGGAUCCAGAACAACCUUCAGUGCCUUGUCUUGGACUCGUUAACUCUUUCCCCCCCAAAUCCCUUCGAACGGUGCUUUAGUCAGCUGUCUGGUCUUCGUUCUCUGAGCAUUACCAAUGUGCUCUUCCGUGAUGGAGAUCUAGCAGAGGUUGCUUCCCUGCCAAGAUUAGAAAGCUUGGAUAUAUCCAACACUUCUGUCACAAACAUAACUGCACUCCUUUCCUGCAGGAAUCGACUGAAGUCUCUAACUAUGCAUAGUUUAAAAUGUUUGAAAAUGUCGACACCAAAGUUCUUAGAUGUAAUAAGAGGACUAAAGAACCUUAUUCACUUUGAUAUCUCAGAUGAGCAGCAUUCCACGUCAGAUAUUCCCUUUCGUUUGCUAGGGCAAAAAGACAUUCUACCCAAUCUUGGAUCUUUGGACAUUUCUGGAAGUAAAUACAUUACUGAUGAGGCUGUAGAAGCAUUUGUCAGACAACGGCCAAGAAUGCGGUUUGUGGGUUUGCUGGGUACUGAAGCUGGAUACACAGAGUUCCUUUCAGGAGAGGGAACCUUGAAGGUAUCAGGAGGAGAAAAUGAAAUGCAGAUUUUGGAAGCGCUGAAACGCUACAGUGAAAGGGCAUGCUUUGUGAAGGAAGCCUUCUUUCACCUUUUUACUCAGACGUGUUUUAUGAGAAUUACAAAGCCUGAAAUACUAAAGCUUGUGAUCAUUGGAAUGAGGAAUCACCCUUCGGACUUAGCAGUACAAUUAACCGCUAGUGCCUGUGCCCUUAACUUAACUAGACAAGGCUUAGCAGCAGGCAUGCCUGUUCGUCUGCUCUCCAGUGUAAUCCAGUUGCUCCUCAAAGCCAUGGAAACCUUUCCUGAACAGCAGCAGCUCCAGAAGAACUGUCUCCUUUCGUUAUCUAGUGUCAGGAUCCUGCAAGAUGUUCCAUUUAACAGGUUUGCAGCUGCCAAAUUUGUUGUUCAAUGGCUGUGUAACCAGGAAAAUCAACACAUACAAAGAAUUGCGGUCAAUAUAAUCUCUAUUCUAGCACUUAAGCUUUCAGAUGAGCAAGCUGCACAACUUACUUCAGAGUUCUACAUUGUUGUUGGGAAACUUCUUGAAAUAGUUGAACAGAAAACAAAUCAGAAUGAAUUAGAUACGACUUUUCAUUUUACACUGAGUGCACUUUGGAAUCUCACAGAUGAAGCUCCAACUACAUGUGAGCACUUCAUUGACAACAAAGGCGUGGGGCUUUUCAUGAGAGUUUUAGAGACGUUUUCGUCAGACUCUUCUAUACAACAUAAAGUUCUUGGCCUUCUGAACAAUGUAUCAGAAGUAAGAGAACUACAUCCCAGGUUAAUGCACAAGGACUUCAUAGAUCAUGUCAGUGAACUACUGAGCAGCGCUGAGAUGGAAGUCAGUUACUUCUCAGCCGGGAUUGUUGCCAAUUUGUUAUCUAGAGGCGAACAAGCCUGGACAUUGAGUCAAACACAGAGAAGAUCCCUCAUUGAAAAGAUGCAUUCAGCCCUUUUGAAGUGGCCAACACCAGAAUGCAAGAUGGUAGCACUGCCUGCCUACAGAUCCCUCAAGCCUUUCUACCCAUUGCUGGACUGCUUUGCAUUACCUGGAGUACAGAUCUGGGCAGCAUGGGCAAUCCUGCACAUCUGCUGCAAAACCCCUGCCAGAUACUGUGCUAUGUUAAUAGAAGAGAAUGGAGUACAACACUUACAUAAUAUCAAAGAAAAUGACCAGAGCGAUCCAGAUGUCCAAUAUCUAACAACUGAGAUACUAACUUACAUGGACACUCACAUGAAAUAUUAUGGAAAGCCAAAACACUUAAAGGAGCUACAGACCAAGUCAAAUGGAUAACUGAUGCCACAGCUGUAGCUUUAUCCUGUAAUUUUCACAAGCUGUGCUGGUGAUUCUUUAUCCUUUCACAGUCAUUUCCGAUCAAGAUGGCCCUUCCUGAGGAUACCUGUUAUUUGCAACUUGCCUUCUGACAAGAGAAAUGGGGCACCAUCCCUAGAGCAAACUGCUUAGCAGUUUACCAUACACGGCUUGAAGAGUCCGGUGUUUGCAAGCCGCCGAUUUUUAUAGUGGCAGUCAGGAAGUCAAGACUUUAAAACUACUUGCUUUCCUGGCAGUAAUCCCUCAAAUUCAGGAACUGUUCCUGAAUCAACAAUAGCUUAUGGUUGCUGAAAGAAAAUGAUUGGUUAGCCUUACUGGUUCAAGAUGAAACACACCAGGUUGUGGGAGAGAGAGAGUUUUGAAAAUACUGGGGAAGUGAACACUAGUUUAUCCCAACUAAAACAUUAGAUUAGUCUGCAGGUCGUUACAACUUUCAUGAUCUGCUUAUACACAUUUUUAAAUGAGGGACUCUGUGUAUGUUCUAGAGGGGAGAUUCUGGCUUCUAGUCAACUGUGCAGUAUAUUGCCAUGAUUCAACAUAAGGCACUGUGUAACUGCAUUGUUUUGAGAGUGUAUAUACAAACUAUUUUUGUAUGAGGUGGGGUGUGGGGGGAAUCCUACAAAGUGCUUUUUAGGUUUUCAUAUCUAAAAUAAAAGACAUGUCAAAUGAUGACAAUGAAAGAUGAUUGCAAGUUAUUACCUUUAUCAAACUGGUUAGUAGUAUUAAGGAUGAAAUAGAGGCCUUGGUUCAGAAUACAUCAU